UCCAAACCACGUGGACGCGCGGGGGGCUGCGGGGCUGCUGGGCUGCGGGAGGGAACCCCGGUCUCCACUGCUACUGUCGCCGCGGCCACCACCAAGGUUACGACCCUACGCCUGUCUGAAGUAGCCGCCCCCCACCCCCGGCCGCCCACGCCUUGCGCAGAGCGCGCACAUGGCGACUCAGACACACUCUCUCUGCUACGCGGGCUGCAACUUCUUACGCCAGCGUCUGGUUCUGUCUACUCUGAGCGGGCGCCCCGUCAAAAUCCGAAAGAUUCGGGCCAGAGACGACAACCCCGGCCUCCAAGAUUUUGAAGCCAGCUUCAUAAGGCUGUUGGACAAAAUAACAAAUGGUUCUCGAAUUGAAAUAAACCAAACAGGAACAACCUUGUAUUAUCAGCCUGGCCUCCUGUAUGGUGGAUCUGUGGAACACGACUGCAGUGUCCUCCGCAGCAUUGGCUAUUACCUGGAGAGUCUUCUUUGCCUGGCUCCGUUUAUGAAGCACCCGCUGAGAGCAGUUCUCCGAGGAGUGACCAAUGACCAAGUUGACCCUUCAGUUGAUGUUCUUAGGGCAACAGCCCUCCCUCUUUUGAAACAGUUUGGAAUUGAUGGUGAAUCACUUGAACUAAAGAUUGUGCGGCGGGGAGUGCCUCCUGGAGGAGGAGGCGAAGUGUUUUUCUCAUGUCCUGUAAGGAAGAUCCUGAAGCCCAUUCAGCUCACAGAUCCAGGAAAAAUCAAGCGCAUCAGAGGAAUGGCGUACUCUGUACGUGUAUCACCUCAGAUGGCAAACCGGAUUGUGGAUUCUGCAAGGAGUAUCCUCAACAAGUUUAUACCUGAUAUCUAUAUUUACACAGACCACAUGAAAGGAAUCAACUCUGGGAAGUCUCCAGGCUUUGGGCUGUCGCUGGUUGCUGAGACCACCAACGGCACCUUCCUCAGUGCUGAACUGGCCUCCAACCCCCAGGGCCAGGGAGAAGCCGUGCUUCCCGAGGACCUGGGCAGGAACUGUGCCAAGCUGCUGCUUGAAGAAAUCUAUAGGGGUGGAUGUGUGGACUCGACCAACCAAAGCCUGGCUCUGUUGUUUAUGACCCUGGGACAGCAGGAUGUUUCCAAAGUCCUGCUAGGACCGCUCUCUCCCUACACAUUGAAAAUUUCAUGUGAGAGGGGAUUUUUAGUUGACUGCAACAUCACCAGCACCAAGAACAGUGCCCGGUACAUUGUAGGCAUUCGGAUAGAAUUUUUGCGUCAUUUGAAGAGCUUUUUCCAGAUUAUGUUUAAAAUUGAAACCAAGCCAUGCGGUGAAGAACGCAAGGGCGGGGAUAAAGUGCUGAUGACCUGUGUCGGCAUUGGCUUCUCCAACCUUAGCAAGACCCUCAAGUGAUACUGUCACAGGAUAAAAGGCCCUAACGCCUGCAGACAAAGCAGAAGCUGCCAAGGACCCAAAGGGGGCCAACUCCAAAUUCAUCAGGACAGGAUAGCUUCUUACAUUAAAGCAUUUUUAGGUUUUCCAUUUAAAAACAAUCAGAAUACCCAAGGAAAAGACAUAUUUAUAUCAUGUGGUUUCCAGCCAUUUCUCCAGUGGUGUUGACAUUCCUCAGGAGGCCCUGUAGUGACGAGAGCUGCACAGCUUUCCUGGACACAGAGCGUGCCUCCACGACACAGCCGUCCUGCUAGGCGGACACCGCAGCUACAUUUCAGCAGGGCUUCCUCAGCCCGCAUCCCGGGGCUCCUGCCGUGCAGCCCUGUUUUCCAGACCCUGUGGCAUCUGUUACUGUUCUUUCUGCAAGGACUGACCUCUGAACCUUGGUUUCUGUGUAAGGGUUAAAGGAAAUAAUACCAUUGGAAACUCUUUACAAGCAGUGCAGUGUUAUGCAAGUUUCAGAAAAUGGUACAUUAGACUAUUUCGUUCCUUGUCUUUGGAAUGGACCCUGUUAUCUCGGAGACAGAUUCUGCUCCCUGCCUGGUUCAUUGUAUUUGUAUGUGGGGGAUAAGUGCCUGGGAAGGGCAGGGGUCCAAUUAAAGUUAUUGGAUAUUUUCUGUAUCUCAGGUGUGCCAUACAUUUUUUUUAUUUUAUUCUCAGUAAUCUUGCGAUGUAAAUUUUAUCUCCACAAGAAAAUUUUAAAAGGAUAUUUUGUUCCUUUUAAAGAUUAGAUCUCCUGAUUUAAAGAUGGAAUUGUAAUAGUGUGGAAUUUUACCUAUUGGUGAGUAAGAUUAUUACUGUUUCAUGGAUGCUAGCAGAAGACAAGAGAAUCCUGUCAGAGACGAUGAACUUUGUUACGCGGAGCACAAGAGCGAGCAACAAGAGGUUCUUGUUUGUAUUGGCUUCUCCUGUUUCUCCCACACUAGUGACCUGGGGCGGGGGGCGGGGGGUGCCAGGCAGAUUCCAGGCAUGCAGUGGGUUUGCGUCACAGCCAAGGAACAUGCAUGCUUGGGGACUCUACCCCUUGUAGCAUGACUGCUCUUGCUCCAGAUGAGAACCUCACUUCAUCCCCCCAGACUGCUUGCCGUGAACACAGUUAUGAGAAGGGAUACAGGUAAAGGCCUCCCCAGCAAUAAUGUACAAGAACACAGGAUUGUGUGUACGGGCUUGGAGUUGGUAGAAGGGGGAAGAUCUCAUUCUACUAGAAUUCCAAAUGGUCUUCUCCACCUGAGGUGGGCUUUUGAAGUAUGUAAAGUCUUUGUCUCCUCAGUCCUCUUGAUACGCUUUUCUUUUUCAGUGAAAGGGGCCUGAGGAGGUCUAUGCUCUUACGAAGGGGUGUGGGAGGAUGCAGAGACGACGGCUAACAUUGAAGAAGUCCAGACAUUGGGAACUGCACUCUACUUGCAGAGAGCUUUACCUGCUGUAUAGUUUCUGUUGCUGCAUAACAAAUCAUCGCCAACUUAGCAUCUUGAAACAAUAACCCAUUUAUCAUCUCACAGUUCUGUAGGUCGGGGGUCCUGGUGGGCUUGCUUAGGUUCCCUGCUUAGGGUUUCAAAGCUGAUGUCAAGGUGUCAGCCAGGCAAGGCUCUGGGAAAGAAUGUGCUUCCAGUUCAUUCAGCUGGCAGGAUUCAGGUUGUAGGACUGGAGUUCAUUUCUGGCUGGCUGGGGACAGCUCUCAGCUUAUAAGGGCUGCACACGUUUCUCACAACUUGGUUCACUUGCCCCUUUAAGCCAGCAAUGGUACAUCAGAUCCUUCUGUUGCAUCGGGUUUUGCACGUGCUUUGAAUCUGACUUCCUCUUGUGGUAUCAACUGAAGAAAACAUUGCUUUUAAAUGACUCAUAUCACAGUCCCACCUGGAUAAUCUCAGUAUCUGAAAGUUGCUUGAACAAAACAGAACCUAGAUUAGUGUUUGAGGAGCCAUGGGCUGGAAAUUUUGGUCAGUCAGCUGAGAAUUUUGCAUACCGCACAUGCUGCAGUCCUAUUUCAUGCUGUCGCUGGUUGAACCCAGAUCUUCCAACGCUUGGAUACUGAGACACAUGUUGAAUACUAUUCCACAGGAGCUUUCUGUCUCUCAAGCUGUGGGAAUGGUACUGUUGGUCAAUUUAGGGUGGCAUGUAGACUCCAGGCAGAUGAUCGCAAGCAGUAGAAAGUAUGCAUGCUCCUAUCUGCUCUAAACACAGAAGAGUCUUUUGGCUUCCAGCCUUCCAUCUAGCACAGCUGCUUUUGGAGUAGGAACAUCUGGCAGUAGUGGGGAUGAUACUGCCAAAAGGAGAAUAAAUUUAAUGUUUAUUUAAACAGCCUGCUUCCAGCCCCUUUUCUCAAAUGCCCAAGAGAAAUAAUACCACUUCUAGGGAAGACGCCAUCCUGUGCAGGUUGCUGGUACAUCUUAUUGACGUUAAGCUCCCAUGGUCUCUGCCUUAGCUUAGCUUAGCUCCUGAUUGGUCUGGCUACCCUGGGGUAGUUUGAUGGGAGAUCAGCAUUUUGGGCUUGGUUUUCUGCCGUGGCUUGUCUGUUCCCCUCGACAGAGAGAGACCUCUCUGAGAUAGACCCCUUAAUAAAACCAGUGAUACAUUUUUUUUUUAAGCCUGACUUUAUUGAGGUCAAGGCAAAAUCAUUGCCUUUGCCUUAUCGUCAUUUACCAGGCCCUGUUUUUGCCUUUCAACACCCUUCAACUACAUUCUGUGUAAACACCAGCCAUCAGCCUCCAUCGUGAUUAUUUUACCAUAUUUGUCAGGACAGUUGAUAGAAGGUGGGAGGAAGCCAAGGUAUUGCAACAUGACAUGCUGAUGGGGAAAGAGCAACAGGAAGGCUUUGCUGAAAUCCAGAUUGCCCUCAUAGGACAGCAGGCCUUCCUGGGUUUUUGUUGUUUAUUUGUUUUGGUUUUUGUUUUAUCUUUUCUGAUAAAAAGUGGUGAAGGACAUCACUGAUUACAGACCCAACAAAAAGAAGCCAACACUUAAGUUGCACCACAGUGCCUGUCCUUUCACUGUCACUUUACCACAAAAGACCACGAGGUGGCUAUUUUCCUUUAGGCCUACUGUGUUGGGAGACUCCCAGGAGAGGCCCGGGCUGGUAAUUAAUUGUAUCGUGACUGAGGGGAAGAGUUGACAAUGCUAAAGGUAGGAAAAGAAGUAGGCAGGAUGGAAAAGAGAGGCUUGAAGAAGUGGAUAAAAUCAAAAAUACAUGGAUAAAAGGAAGCACCAGGGAAAUACAUUACCCCAGUUUUGGCUGUGCCCAAGAGAUUCACCUGAGUGAGGCACGGGGACGGACCAAGGAGAGGUGAAGAAAUGCAUUUCCUGGGGGCCUUGGUCGUGGUGAAAGGAUAAGAAUGUUGGCUUCCAUUGAAUGUCCUGUUGGGAUCUCAUUGGAGACCUGUGCAGGUACCCAUGGGCAAUUUUAGCCAGGCUGUGAUGAAUGGAAAAGCAGCACCACAGGCUCAGCCCAACCUGGAGCUCCCUUGCUCCUUACCUGGCCCCGAAUGGAGGAGAAGUAGUAACUUGUUCUUAGAGUGUCCAUGUGCAGACAACCAUGGCCUGUUUUACAGAAGUGACUAAUAGUUCGUGGGAAUACCAAUAGGCAAGACAGGUCUUUUUGUACUCUAGUUGGCUAGCUCUAAGAAGACGUUUGAGUGGAGCUAUUUACCAAUGUUUGGCAUCUUACGGAGGCCAAACCACAUCAUUCCUUUACUCAAGCAAAUAAAACCUGCCGUUUUGUCAGGGCCUGCUUGGGUUUGGGGCUGCUUUCAUUCUUCAUCACAUCUGGCCCACACCUGUCAGAUAGUCUGACCCCCAGCCUGAGACGUGGGCCUUGAGGCAGCCCCGUUGACGGGCCACAUCAGGGUUUUUCUGGUCCUUCCAAUGCUAGUGGUUCUGGAUGUGCAUCCUGCUCUGCUGAGACCCUCCUUUUGGGUCUGCAGAGGAGGUGAUGGUCAUCGCAGUAGGUGAGGCACAGCUUGCUUUCUGGCCCAGCUCAGCUACUGACCAGCUGCUGUGACAUUAAAUAAUUCGCCUCUCCACUCUUGGGUUUCCUCUCUAGAUCUGGGGUAGAUGGUGUGAGAUGGUGCCAGAAAAAUAAGGUGCCCCACAUUGCCUUUUCUACCCCUCCCCAUUCUGAGAUGUUUAUUUGGGGCGAAAGGAAGGUUAGUUGGCAGGAAUAUUUUUUAAACGUUGAGAUGUUUUCUCUGAGGUCUCCGGGCACUCUAUUUCUGCAUUUCCUCCCCAUUCCUAAAUAUUCAUAUUGAUUAAUACUUUCUCCUAUGAUUUGGGGAAUGUAUAUUCAAAUUGAUGAAAGUAGGUGAAUUUCUAGAAACCAAAGGCCAAUUUAAAGACAAAGUGAACCAGCCCAGCAAUAAUACACGCAGCAACUCCCUGUCACGUGGCCACAGGAGCGGUGGCACUGCUGUUGGGCUCUCUGGUGGCCAUUUGGCAACUCUUUUCUGUCUUAGGAGAAGAGGUUGUUCCAGAGGAAGGGAAAUGGAGAGGCACCUGCCUCUUCCUGCUGUGUCUGGGAACGGUAGGACAUUUGGAAGCUCUUUCUGAUCUUUAAGGGGAGGUAUUGAGAGGGUGGGGGGACGAGGACUAUAUAUUUUGAAAUGGUCCUGGCUUGCGACAUGUAGGGAUCCCAUAUUAGGUCAUGACAACCCUCCUCGGGCUAUUUGAAAUGUCGAAUGUGCUUAGUUCCUGGACCUUCCCACAUACUCCUCUGUGAUUUCUCUACUUACUGUUUUACCUGUUAGGCAAUUAAAGGCACUGUGCCUAAGAUCUGUAAACUUUGAAAAACCAAUAAAAAUGUUUGCAACAAGAAAAA